ACAUGUAGGCUGGAGAGGGAUCCCCUCCACUGAGCCGGGGCAUCAGAGCAGGGGACUGGGGGUGAGCUGAGCACGGGGCCGGGGCAGGCACUCACAUAACAAUUAUUACUAUUAUCACCUCUAAUUCCGGGGCCGGGGGGCAGCCUGGCAGGUGGAUCGGGGGGACCCCAGAGUGCCCUAAAACUUCCCAGUGUCAGGGGGCAGGGGGUCAGCGAGGGGACGGCAAGUAAAGGAGGAGAGUAAAAGCUCGCGGAAGAGGGCAGGACAGGAGGUGCACAGGGGCAACAGAGCGCGUGGCGGGGUAGGUGAGUAGGGGGCACACGGAGCCCCAGAGUGCAGGGGGUGGGGACGGCGACAGGGGAUCAAAAGGCAUUUCCUAAAGCAACAUGAUGUCUCCGGCGGCUCAGCCCUCUCCGGCAUGUCAUGUCUCAGUUGGACUGGGAGGCAGAUCGGCAGAGGAAGCGCUCUGAGAGCAGCCGGAGAGCCCGAGUGCUGAGGGAGGCGAGCCGCAGCCAGGACAGCGCAAUCCCGGGGGGUCGGUCCGGGGACACCAUGCCGGCCAUCAAGAAGGAGAGACCGGAUCGCGAGGAACUAGCCCUGGCAGCCUUUAACCAGCCCAUGGACACCAUCCCGAGCUACCUGGCAGCUGCCAUCCCCGUGGUGACCCCGCACCCUCCGUCUUACGAGCAUCUCUUUACCCCACACCGUGCCUACCUGGGUCUGCAUGAGCCCCAGCACCCCCCGCUGCCCGAUGACCUCAUGCUGGAGAGGUUCUCGUCCAUCCCCGACUUCCAGCCCCUGUUUGACCAGGGGGAGCCCUGCAUAGAGGUGGAGUGCGGGGAGAACAAGGCUUUACUCUACAUCCAGAAGUUGUGCCAGGGCAGUAAGGGGCCAUCCAUCCGCUACCGGGGCGAGUGGCUCACCCCCAACGAGUUCCAAUUUGUCAGCGGCCGGGAGACUGCCAAGGACUGGAAACGGAGCAUCAGGCACAAAGGGAAAAGUUUGAAGACUCUUAUGUCCAAAGGAAUCUUACAGGUACAUCCUCCAAUCUGUGAUUGCCCUGGGUGUCGAAUUUCGUCUCCAGUGAACCGAGGCCGCCUCGCUGAGAAACGCACCAUCCCUCUCCCUCCUAGCCGGAUCCCUAAAAAGGAGCCUUGUACAGUGUUCUCCACGGGGGAGGAAAGUCCCAAAGGGAAUGGAGAGCACCAUUCUGUGAAACUGGAAGAGGAUCUGCACAUCAGUAUCAUGAAAAGAAGGAUACGGGCUCACUGGGAUUUAAACAUCUCCUUUCAAGACAGCUCCUGCAGCCGUGAUAGCGACCUUUCCAGCAUAAUCUCCAACCUUCAUCAGAGCCACCAACUAGUAAUGCCAGAGAACCAGAGCAAGAGAAAUAGCCACCAACUCAGUUUUCCAUCAGCAGAUGACUUUUUAGGAAAGAAGCGAGAAUGCUCUCCCAAUAGUAACAGCGAGUGUCCUGUGGAAAGCAAAAAAGCCAGAAGCGAGUCUCCUAAGGAAAACUCCCACACGCCUCUGCUGGAGGAGCCGGUGGCCCAAAUGACCCCCGAGGAGCACUACAGGCGCAUGAUGUCGGCCCUUAACGAGCAUGGCAGCUUCGAGGAGCAGCAGCAACGCCUCUACCAGCUGGCAAAUUCAAUGGCAGUGCCAACACACAGCGAUCUGCUCCGAGCCCGACAAGAAGUGGCAGCUGCCGUGGUGCGAAAUCCAGGGGCUAUGGAAGCUCAUAUUCCCUCAUCCAGUAACUCCUCGAGUCAGCGGAGGAAGCAGGGCCUGCCGCAGCACCGAGACACAUCUCACUUCACAGACAGGGAGAUGUCUCACCCACCACCACUGUUGUCACCUCAGAAUGCACCUCACAUCGCUUUGGGACCACAUCUAAGGCCACCUUUCCUUGGGAUGCCAUCCGCUUUGUGUCAGAAUCCAGGUUACGGGUUCCUGCAGCCAGCACAAGCAGAGAUAUUCGCACGGCAGCAGGAAAUGCUCAGAAAACAAAACCUGGCCAGACUUGAGAUGUCGGCAGAAAUCAUCCGCCAAAAAGAACUGGAGAAUUUACACAGGCAACGACUUUUGGCUGGUGACCCUCUAAGCCUUCACCCGGGUUUACCCCCCGAUCACCCUGCCCUUCGGAACUUGCAUGAGCUCCCGGAGGGUCACCCUUUGCGAGAUGAGCUUUCCCGCAGAAAUGCCAUGCUGGUACUCCGACACAACAACACCCCCCUGCUGUCCCUCAACCACCAAGGGGUCCCCAACGUUCCUCCUCCCAAGGAGUCUAGUAGUGCAAGGAGAGCCAAUCGGAAGGCUGCACAUCAUCGGACAGAAUCCCAUGGCAACAAUGAAACCAAGGAACUGGACCUGCGUAUGCGGGAAGGGGUGUCAGAGGGCAACGACGAGGAGAUGAAGGAUUCAGAAAGUGAGGCGGAGGAAAAGAGCGAUAGCCUGAGAGCCGAGCGUGCUGCCUCUUCCUCGUCCCAUGAACUACAGGAGGGCAAAGACACUCUUAAAGGAGGGGAGCCUGUAAAGGAGCCAAGUGAUGCUCACACCCACCAAAGCCUCCCGUGUGGCCCAUCAGAAUCCCCUACUCACCUUUUGGGACCAGGAAUCGGCAAAGUAGAGGGGAAAUAUUUGCCCUCUGGCACCGUGCCUCCACCACAGCCACUUCCUUUUGGAUUUCCCUACGCUGUCAAUCCUUACUUCCACACAGGUGCCAUGGGGGGACUCUUCUUGGAUGGGGAGGAGAGUGUGGUGCUUGAGGACCUCAGCAAAUGGACAGUGGAGGAUGUGUGCAGCUUUGUGGGAAGUCUGUCUGGCUGCGGCGAAUAUGUGCAGGUAUUUCGGGAGCACAGUAUCGAUGGGGAGACCUUGCCUCUGCUGACCGAAGAGCACUUACUAAAUAAUAUGGGUCUCAAACUUGGACCGGCUCUGAAGAUAAGAGCUCAGGUGGCCAAGAGACUUGGAAGGGUCCUUUACAUGGCCAGCUUCCCCGUGGCGUUCCCUUUGCAGCAUCCUGGCUUGAGACCGGCAGACAGAGACUUGGCUGGCAGCGAGAUCAGACCUCCCUCUACGGGCAGCGCUGGUUCCCCUUACACAGGUUCUCUCCUGCCCACAAGCCGCAUCUCCCCUAAACACGAGAACGGUGGAUCAACCUACUUAACCGAACCUGCUAAAUCCCUCUCGUAACUCUGCCUCUUCCUAUACCUGGAUACUUUAAACGCUGCGUUCCUGAAGCUUCGGACAGGAAGGGAUACUUUGCUUCGGAGCGGCUUCCUUUCAGCUGCUUGGGUAACUCAUGACUGUACUGCAGGAUCUGUGAAGAGGCUUAAAGAAGCAAUGCAGGGAGCCCUUACACCACCAUUACUGGUCCAAAAAAGCCUAGAAGCCUUCGCAGAAAAACAGAUAAAUAGAUGUAUGUAUAUAUUUUUAUUUCCUUUGACAACUUUGUAAAGAGAUCAAA